UAAACGCAGCCGUCCGCGGAAGGAUAUCGAGAGCUCCUGUCCGUCUCGAGUGUUCGCCCUCAGUUGAGAGAGACUUGUUCCUGCAGUGUUCUGGAAUUACAUAGUGUGGAUUAAGAUGGUUUCCUCGGUGCAAAUGGAGCCAGUGUCCCGCACGGAUCAGUAUAAGCGAGUGAUGAAGCCCUUGCUGGAGAGGAAGCGGCGUGCGCGCAUCAACCGCUGCCUCGACGAGCUUCGCGACCUCCUGGUGGCGGCGCUGCAGGCCGAGGGGGAGACCGUCACCCGCCUGGAGAAAGCCGACAUCCUCGAGCUGACCGUCCGUCACGUCCGCCGCCUGAACCAGCGCCGGCGCCUCACUCUGCCCCCCGGCGGCCACGACCCCAGGCACGACGCCCUCAAGUUCCAGCAGGGCUUCGUGGCGGCGGCGCAGCAGGUGCAGUCCUUCCUGAUCGCCUCGCCCAGCCUGGAGCCCGCCGUGUCGUCGCGCCUUCUCACGCACCUCACGUCAUGCGCGUCGGCCAUGACGGGCGUGCCCCCCUCCAGCGGCCCCGUGUCUCCGCCCGUCACCGCCGCCCCCCUCGCCACGCCCCCCACAGCAUCACCUCCGGCGCCCGCGGUCGCCACGGCCCCUGCUCCCCGCCAGCGCCCGCCGCCAUCCGUCGGUGGUGAUGGCCCCCGCAGUGUCCCCGCCAUGUCCCGCCCCCCGCUCAUGGACCUCAGCAUGAAGCCCGCCCACAGCCCUGCCCCGACGCCCAAGAUCCUCGCUCCCACGCCCAUCCGCGAGGUGUACGUGGGCCCGCAGGACCUGUCCAUGCGGCGCCCCUCGCCCCGAGACGACCCGAAGGCCCUGGAGGGGAAGAACUCCUGGAGGCCGUGGUGAGCGCCGCCGGAGCACCCGAAGGGCUCAGUUGAGAGGCCGCCCCUCGCGGAGGCCGUCGCCGUCGCCCCCGAGCUCCCGAAGGCCGGCCGAGGCGCGUCGCUCCGGAAGCAGCGCCUGUGACGAAGGAGGCGGAGCCGCAGGAGGCCCGCGCCAGCAUCUGUGUGGAUUCGUCGUGCCAAAUUAUCUCUGCUCCUGCGACGUGCGUGCGUGUGGCUACGCACGAUUGUCCGUGCGGCUCAAGGGCGCCUCGAAUGUCCGCGCCCCCCCCCCCUCCCCGAAAGGACGAGGUCGCAGCCCCAUCGCUCCCCCAUCGCCCCUCCCUCCCCUCCCCCACGCCAUCUCUCCAGUGUCUAUAUUGUGAUAUAGUUUUGUGAUAGUUCAUAGAUAUUUUUGUACAUAAAACGCACCGUUUAUUGUUAGACAUAACCGUUAACUCUGUGAUAUAUAAUGUAAUUCUAGAAUAUAAAUUACUCUAUUUGUUCACACUUUCUGAUGAUUGUACAUUAAGUCGCAAAAUUUUUGUUGUUAUAAGCCAUCACUAAGAGGAACAACAUAACGCCAGCGGUCUUUCAUCUUGUACAAAGAGUUAUUAUUGGGUGUAAGAGGCUUAAGGGAUUUCCAACUUAUUUUUGUUGAUACAAUCACAACAUGUCCCAUUUCGCGUCACAAAUACAUAGCUGUUAUUGUUAAUUGUUAGUUAAUUGCCUGUUUGUGAAUUGUUACAUACAGUUCUCUUACUUAAGUUUUUUUUUUUUUUUAUUGUUACAUGUUCUUGCACGUUGUUGUAAGUCUUGUUUACCUGCAAAUUCUACUUAAGGAUCUGUGUGUAUGUUUGCCAGCACUUCACAAUGCGGCGAGGGGUCGGUGCUCCCCCGCCCCCCCCCCCUGGUAUGAGGAAAUUGUGAUACCCACUUCUGUGAUCAGAAUAAAAGACUUGAUUAAAUUA